AUGUCUUCUGCCGGUUCUUCCUCUGAGGCAGCUACUGCCCCCAAGCCCGCCCUCACCGAUCGCGAGCUUGAGAUCCUCAAGCACGCCUGGAGCUCCUUGAAGAGCGCUCCCGAGGUUGACUACCCCAAGCUCGCCGCCGCCUGCGGCAUGUCCAACCAUCGUUCCGCCUCCAACGCCUGGCUCGCCAUCAAGAAGAAGCUCUUCGCCGACCUCCCCACCCAGGGCAGCGACAGCGCUGGCAACAGCCCCGCCAAGCGCAAGAUCGCCACCCCGUCCAAGAAAAAGGCUGCCGCCGCUACCAGCUCUGACGACGCCGAUGAGCUCGCUGCUGGUGCCAACCUGAACUCCGACGGCGAGGAGAAGCUCGUCGUCGAGUCCCCCGUCAAGAAGAAGCGCGCCACCCUGGCCAAGAAGAAGGCCGCUGCCACCCCCAAGGCCGUCAUCAAGACCACUGGUGGGGACGAGGACUCCGAUGAGGAUGCCGAGCCCGAGACGCCUGUCAAGAAGAAGGCUACCCCCGCCAAGCGCAAGACCCCUGCCAAGAGCAAGAAGGCUGUUGCUGCCGAGAAGGCUGCUUCCGAGAACCAGGAGGCUGAUGGCGAGGACUCUCCUGCCGCUAAUGUCGCCAAGCUUGCCGUCAGAGACUGGAUUGGCAAAGAGGAGGACGUUGAGAUGUCUGGCGGCACCGACGCUGGCGAUGCCAACACUGACGGUGCCAACACUGGCGAGAUCUAA